AUGGCACAACCUCCCCCCUACGGCGACAAGAGUAAUUUUGGUAACCCUGGGUAUGGCCAGCAACAGUACCCACCACCCCAGGCCGGCUACCCCCCACAGCCACAGUAUGCGCCACAGCCAGCCGGGUAUGCGCCACAGCCAGUCGGGUAUGCCCCACAGCCGCAGAUGAUGGCACAACAGUCUGCUACCAACGUGGUUGUUGUUGGCGGUCAGCCCCAGCAGACAGUUAUUGUAGAACGCCAAGGGGUGAACCACGUGCUUCACUGCAUAAUAUCCCUCUUCUUCUGGCCCUGGGUGAUUGUCUGGAUCAUUCUGUGCAUUACGGAUAACUGA